UCUGGAAGAGAAGCACUGGCUGUAGGUCCAGCAUGUGUAGAGAACAUCCAGUGCACUCAAUGCAAUGUAACAGAUUAACAUCCAAGUGAUGUAUUCUACACGGAGACCACAUCUAAUCAUAAUCAUCCAUAGAACUCUGGGAAUGUCUCUCUGUGAUUAACGUGCUAUCAUCAAGUCUACAUAGUGUAAUUUCUUCUUUGUUCUGUUGAAAUAUUACUCCAACCUUGAAUCUUCUGACUGUUGUAUCUUACCCCACAGGUCCCUGUCCUACACACAUGAGUGUUUUCCCUGCUCCCUGCUAAUCAGCUAAUUGACAGCCCUUCUUGAAAUGAAGUGGGUAUAGUAAAAUAUUAGAGCAGGGAAAACACCAAAAUAUGCAAGACAGGGGUUCAACGAGGUUUGGGAACCUUGUCCUUAAUAACCAUUACCUACACUAUUAAAAAUAUAGCAUCUUUAAUGGUUCUUUAUGAUGGCCGGCUGUGGCUCAGGUGGUAGAGCGGGUUGUCCACUAAUCGUAGGGUUGGCAGUUCGAUUCCCGGCCCGCCUGACUCCACAUGCCGAAGUGUCCUUGGGCAAGACACUGAACCCCAAGUUGCUCCUGAUGGCAAGUUAGUGCCUUGCAUGGCAGCUCUGCUACCAUUGGUGUGUGAGAAUGGGUGAAUGAGACACAGUGUAAAGCGCUUUGGAUAAAAGUGCAGACUAUAUAAGUGCAGACAUUUCAUUAAUGGUUCUUUAUAGCCACAUAGGUACUCCAAAGAACCUUCUUUUUGUCACAAACCAUUUUUCAUUGUAUAGGAUUCUUGAGUUGAGCUAUAUGAUUCUUUGGAGAUUAAAGAAGUCCUUUAUGUUUUAUUAUAUGUUCUUCAGAGCAGUGUAUUGGUUCUUCAAGUUACCAUCGCUUAACCCUAUAAGGUUCUUUGUGAGACUGGAAAAGGUUCUCCUGGCAUCACUCUUAAGAGCCUUACUUUGGUUCCGUAAAGCACUAACUAAGUGUUUUUUGUUUUUUUGGUUUUUUAGAGAACAUAUAAUAACAUGGUUCCUUGUAGCGUUGCUGUGAAGAAGCAUUUCUAGGUUGUUUAAAGCAUCAGUAAAUAGAUAGUUGUAAAAAGAACAUCAGAGUAAAAUGUAACUUAACAAUCCAACUUAAAAUGGUUCUCCUUUGGCAUCAGGCUGAAACCACCUUUUUGGUUCUAACUGGAUACCUUUAUUUUUUAAGAGUGUAGGAAGGUGUUGUACCUCAUUAUUUCCACAUGGUGGCACUGCAGGCAAAGCUUUCCAGCGUCAUUGCUUCACUCCCCAUUAUCCAGUACCUGUUACAUAUAUAAUAUAGUUAGUGUGUUACCUGUUACACCUAUCUGCAGCCAACUAACAAGUAACACUAACACUCUGGGGAAGGUCUGGACAGAAUAAACAGUCGUGCAUUAGCCUUUAUUUGCAUAAUGACAUAUGGGUUAUAAAUUAAAUGUAGUGUAGCCUAUAUAUGCCGCAGGGUAUUUGACGCCUGGCAGCAAACUCAUUAGAGUAAAUGGUGUUAAUAUGGCAUGCACAGUUUCCGGUGGGUCCACCCGGGGGCGCACUAUAGCGCGUUUUACGCGUUUCUAUAGCUAGAGCAUUCUGUACGCCACUAGCCUGUUUUUCUUAUUUAGUACUGUGAUAUGUGGUUUGGGAACGUGUACGUGUGGAUUCUCAGGAUGGAGCAGAAAAAUAAAGGGUUUGGUCGAAUUGUGCAGGCUGGAUAACAGCGCCUCAUGUUACGUUUAAUAAACCCCAAAAGAAAAAUCCACUCCGUUAGUGCGGCCGCCAGCCGGAAGAUAGGGCUUUCCCCCCUUCCCUCCCCCCUCCCUUCUCCUUUUCUCCAACAAGUCAGUCUGUCAGCGAGCUAGGACAAAUCUCACCACAAGGCUUUUCAGCAGCAAGUGAAGGAGACAGGAGCACGAAGCGCUCUACUAAAGCCAUAACCCACCGGGAUUUAGCCAUCCAGCGCCACUGCGCACUCGUUUUCCGCGUCUCUAUUAAGGACAUUCAUCGAUGCGCUAGAGUUGAACAUUUCUUUAUGAUUUCUUUGUUUGGUUGCCUUUUUUCCUUUUCUUUCUUUCUUUUCUUUUUUACUCCGUAUUCACAUGUUCACCUCUGAGCCGUGCGCGCCAGAGACGGUCGGUUUGGUCGAAAUCCAGUGAUCCAGUGCGCAGGAAGGAGCCGGAGCAAGGGAAGGAGCUCAGAGCGCGCGGAGGAAUUACGAGAAGAGCGCAGAAGAGCAAGUGUAGGAGAGAAGAAAAAAUAAGGAGAAGAAAGAAAAGCAUCGUCACGGGGUUUCUUUCUGAGAAUGGAACUUUGCGCGGCCAAGAAGGGCAUUUCGUUUUAAUCACACAUCCAUCUGUUCUUUUGAUUUAUUAAUUAUUUUUGGGGGGGUAAUUUUUUUUUUUUUGGGUUGCAUCCUUCAUCUCUUGGAAGAAAAACGCAACAAGAAGACAGGAGGGGAAGAAGGAAAGGGGAAUGGGUAAGAAGAGAGAUCUUGCAGCCGAAGACAGCGCGAGAAUUUCAAUAAAAUUAGACUCUUGCCAAUUGUAGGCUCAAAUUGACAAACCCGGAUUAAAAAAAAAGCGACUUUGUGUCAGGAUUGCUGCUAUUAGUGGAGUUUUCUUUCCACGACUGACCGAGCACAGACUUUGAGGGAAAGAAGAUAAAGCCAACAAUUAAGAAAUACUUGACUAGUCUGUAAAGUGUGCCUUUACAGAAUAUUUAGUGGGAUUUCAUCUGCUUCAUCUCAAAGCGGAUAACCCAAACUUGACAUUAAUAAACCCUGCGGGUUGUUGUGUUGUGCCUUUUGGUUUUGUCUUCAUAUCCAUGCGGACACAUUGCACCUUAACGCACUGACGGAUUCCCCUCUGUAGCCUUACUGAGAUUUAGGCUUUGUUCCUAAAGGCUUCCUCCUACUGUGUGUGUGGGUUUGUUUGUUUUUUUGGUGGUGGUAGUGGAGGAUCUCCUUUAUCCAUGAUGGGGGAACGCAGACCGGGUUCUGGGCUUGAAAUGGCGAGUCCGAGCUGUGCAAACGCGCUGGGAUUUCUCCUCAUAAUCUUGGUGGAUUUACUCGGAAUCACGGCGACGAACAUGGAGCCAAUCUACUGGAACUCCAUGAACAAAAGGUUUAGCGAUGAUAGGGGUUAUAUCCUGUACCCUCAGAUAGGGGACCGUCUGGACCUCAUCUGUCCUGCAUCGGACCCCCCAGGACCCCGUGCUCCAGCCGAGUAUGAGUACUAUAAGCUGUAUCUGGUGUCCUCCCGUGAGCAGGCGGACAGAUGUGAGGUGACAGGAGCUCCGAACCUGCUUCUCACCUGCGACAAGCCCAACAGUGACAUGCGCUUCACCAUCAAGUUCCAGGAGUAUUCGCCCAACCUCUGGGGCCACGAGUUCAAAACAAUGCAUGAUUACUACAUCAUCGCCACGUCGGACGGCACUCGUCAGGGGCUGGAGAGCAUGAGAGGAGGAGUGUGUGCCACACAAGGCAUGAAGGUGGUGCUCAAAGUUGGACAAAGUCCCUACGGAUUGCCCCCGAAAUCCGCCAAACCGGACCAGGCAGGUCAUACCAACACCAGAAACCAAGGUGGCAGUGGGAACACAACUCUUCCCAAAGUGCCUGGUGGGGGUGGAGCCACUGCGGGUGGUGCAAACGGUCCUCUCCCCGCCUCCAACAUUGCCGUCAUCGCAGGAGCAGCUGGAGGCUCUGCCUUCCUCCUUCUGGUCACCACAGUGAUUUGUGUGGUGUGCUACCGCCGGCGGCACUCGAAGCAUUCCGAGUCGCACCACCCGCCGCUUUCUCUCUCAUCCUUGACCUCACCUAAGCGCGGGGGUGGAGGAGGGGGUGGGAACAACAACGGCUCUGAGCCAAGUGACAUCAUCAUCCCACUGCGCACUUCAGACUCGGCCUACUGCCCACACUAUGAGAAGGUUAGUGGGGACUACGGGCACCCAGUCUACAUCGUGCAGGAGAUGCCACCUCAGAGCCCCGCUAACAUCUACUACAAAGUAUGAGGAUGGGCGCACAGCAUUAAUCUCAGCCUGCAGUGCCCAGACCACGCCCCCUCACCUACUACCUAAACCAUAGCAGUAUGAACCGACUUCUCCUGUAUCUCUGCAGUCUCAGCUCUGACUGUGAAAGCCCCAAACCCUGUGACUGAAACCCACACACACACACACACACACACACACAACACACACACACACACACACACAUAUAUAUACACACAUAUACACACGCCUCCUAAACCUCUGACUCUUGUAAUCAGGAGGGGCGUGUUUUAAGUAUUGAGAGAAAAUCCCUGAGUGAGGGCUAUUUUUUCUUCUUCUAAGAGCACACAAAGCUCUCAUAACAUUCAACCAGACCCCUUGGAGCAAGAGAGAAGCAAUGGCUUGAAGUCUCUUAAAGGUGUCCCUGAGAAACACACAUUCACACACGUCACAUUUGUGAAGUAACAGCAGACGUGAAAUAAACUUAAAAGAAAAAAAAAAAAGAGAGACUGAAAGUAAACUGACCCUAGACCAGUGUGAUGUUCCCUGAACUUGAACACUACAAUAACUCACAAAUAGCAGUUUAGUUUGUCCCAUUUGUGUUCGUCCUCAAAUAAGAGAAGGCGCACCUGGCUCAGCCAAUUACAAUGCAGUGCUGCCAUCACAUGACCCAAGGCCCUGCAUCGGAUUAGAGGAGCCAUAGUCGCGUUGAAGAUCUUGUAUAUUUUAAUAACGUGCGUAUUUUGUGAGUGUGUAGGGUAAUAAUUAUGACACUGCUGUUGCACGGAGUGCGACGGCGAGUGCGCAUAUCGUGUGCUUCAGUUACAGUGUGUUGGUGUGAGUGUGUGUGUGUUUAUCUGUGAGAGAGCAUUGUACCUGAGUGAAUGUGAGUUAGACUGUUUCAAAACCAAAACACAAAAAAUGAGCGAAUAUCAAAAAGUGUUUUUUUUUAUCGCUUUCAUUCAAUAUAGAAUAUAAUUAUAUAUGAAUAUUCAGUAAAAUAAUUUCUAGAUGUCCUUUUCCUUUUCUUUUUUUUUUUUCAAAAUGUAAAACACCAUAUCUGUUGUUAGAUCAUUUUUUUUACUCCUGCUUUUCUUUUCUGUGCUUUACAAAAAGCUGACCCUGUUUCUCCUCUGUAUUGUAAGUUAAUUUAAUACUUUGUAUUUCAUUUCACAAAGGGUUUUUUUUUUUCUGUUUUAUUUGUUUCCCCCUAGUCAUUCCUCAUUUCCCAGGAGUCUCCACUCUCCAUGUAUAUUUUUAUAGCUCCUUGUACAAUGAUGUAGUUUUGAAGCUAGACCUCGUUUUGUGAAAGUGUUGAGGUAGAGGCACAAUCUGAGAAGUUUUUUUUGUUUUUGUUUUUUUUAAUGUGCAAAGACACUUUCUUUUUUUUACGAAAAAAAAAGAAAAAAAGAAAGAGGGAGGGGGUUAAAGAAAAGAAUGCCAGAGCUGCCUAUGAAGGAAAGAGAAAAGACAGAACAGAUAGAAGUAUGGGGUAAAGACAAAAAAAGGGAGAGGCUGGGGGGGGGGGGGUCCUCGAAGGAUGUCGUCAGGAUGGGAUGGGGGAGGAUGAAGGGAUGGAGGAACAGAGCACAGAAGAAGAGAUGGAGUAACAGAGGUGGGUUUUUUAACAGACUCUUGAAAGAGGUUGUGUGAAACGGGGGCUCGGGAAAUGCAGGAUUCUCAA